AUUAAUAUCGAGACUCCUGUUUUCUGUGCACGACAGGGGCAGCCGCGCUGUCUCCUGUAUGUCGGCGCGUCUUUGUCAUUUUAAUGUGGCAGUGAUCACCGCGCGUCUGGCUGGUUGUCGCUUUGCAUUUCAGUACAAACUGAUGGACUGGGGAGGCUUUCUCUCUUGGUUGGACUAAAGAAACAAAGCUGCUGGACGUGUUUCACUUCAUCAUUUUCUUUUGGAUUGAUAUUAUUAAUUUAUUCUUCAAAACCUCUUCAGUACUUUUUCCUGGUGAAAACUCGAACAUGUUGCUCUGCUGCUGGAGCCCUCCCUGUUGGUCCACCUGUAGUUUCCUUUUCUGCUGUUUGUUGCUGCUCCAAACGCCCCGGUUUUCCUCUCCGCUGAUUACAGGAACUGAAGCCAGCUGUGACAAUGAAGGAGAAGUCCUCCACAUCCCCAACAUAACCGACAACCCGUGCAUCACCUGCGUCUGUCUGGAAGGGAAGGCCGACUGUAAACAGGAGAAAUGUCCGCUGGUCUCUGAAGACUGUGCGUUGGUGGUGAAACAGACGGGAGCGUGCUGCGAGAGGUGUAAAGGGUGCAUGUUGGAUGGACAGUCCUACAACAGCUCAGCAUCAUGGACCACCUCCACCAAACCCUGCAAAACCAGACGCUGUCAGGAAGGUGUCAUCACCGAGGCUGAAGUGCAGUGUGUUGUCCACUGCAAGAACCCCAAAAUCCACCCGAAGAAGUGCUGCCCCACCUGCCCCAGUUGUAUCUUUGAGGGUCGUCUUUACAAAGAGAAGGAGGAGUUUAGUCCAGAGGGCAAACCCUGCAUUAGGUGUACCUGCACCGGAGGGCGGACUCUCUGCAUGAGGGAGGUGUGUCCUGUCCUUUCCUGCCCCUCCCACCUAACCCACACCGCAGCGGGGCAGUGCUGUCCCAGAUGUCGCGGUCAGAGGAAGGUGUUCGACCUGUCUUUAGGAAGUUGUCUGUUCCAUAGCGAGGUUUAUGAGAACAACACUUCCUUCAUACACGACAACUGCACCACCUGCACCUGCAAGGAUUCAACAGUGGUGUGCAAGAGGCGGUGCUCACAGCCGGGGAGCUGCCAGGGCGAGCAGUGCUGCCAGGAGUGUCUGUCCUAUGUGAAGGUGGAGGAGGUGAAGUACUGCAGAGUCCGGAACAAGAUCUACAGGGAGGGAGACAUGUGGUCGUCAGUUAACUGCACUCUUUGUGCCUGUGUUAAAGGAAGCGUUGAGUGUCGGCCCAAACAGUGUGUACCGAUCACCAGCUGCCCCUCGAAUAAGAUCCUGAACAGAACCGGCUGCUGUCCAGUUUGCACUGAAAAGCCGGGUGUAUGUACAGUAUUUGGCGACCCUCACUACAACACUUUCGAUGGCAGGACCUUUAACUUUCAGGGAACCUGUCAGUACAUGCUGACUCGUGACUGUGGCAGCCUUCCUUCUGGAAGUCCAGGAAAUAACAUCAACAUCAACAGCCCAGACUCCAGCUUCAUGGUUUUGGUGAAGAAUGACGCCCGGCGGACACGCUCCUUCUCCUGGACUCAGUCUGUUGAGGUGAGGCUUGGAGGUUUGAUCCUCAGUCUCCACCAACACCUGACGGUCCGGAGGAAUGGCACCCGUAUCGCCCUGCCGUACCACGGCCCUGGGGUGCACAUCGACCUGGAUGGAUACCUGCUCAAACUCACCACCAUCGCAGGUCUGGAGAUAACCUGGGAUGGUGACAGUUUUGUGGAGGUGGUAGCAGCCCCCCACCUGCGCGGUCGCCUUUGUGGCCUCUGUGGCAACUACAAUGGCCACAAGCGUGACGAUACCAUGGGAGGUGAUGGCCAGUUCAAGUUCGAUGUGGACGAUUUUGCCGAGUCUUGGCGAGUCGAGGGAAACGAGGUUUGCUCUGGGCAGCCUGCGCCUCGCCGGCCGACGCCGUUCAUGUGCCCGGGCAGUGUCAAAGUCAAAUUUCGCGCCCAUCGGGAGUGCCAGAAGAUAAAGUCAUGGGAGUUUCAGAAGUGCCACCGUGUGGUUGACUUCACCCCUUUCUACAGGUCGUGUGUGACAGAUAUGUGCGAGUGUCCGGUCCAUAAAAACUGCUACUGCGAGUCCUUCAUCGCCUACAGCCGAGCCUGCGAGAGGGAGGGAGUGCCUGUCCUCUGGAGGCCUGACACCACCUGUAUGGCCACCCAAUGUAAACACGGAGCCGUGUACGAUACCUGCGGCCCGGGCUGCACCAAAACCUGCGACAACUGGAACGAGAUUGGACCGUGCCAGAAGCCCUGCGUGGCUGGCUGCCACUGUCCCGCCAACCUGGUGCUGUUCCAGGGACGCUGCAUCAAACCCACAUCAUGCCCCGGACGGUGACCUUUGUGAUCAGGGUGGGAGGGGCGAGUAGAUUAGGAAGGGUCAUUUAGUUUCAAAACUCUAGAGGCCAAACUUGUUGAGAAGAAUUUGGGAGGACACUAAAGGGUCUGAAGUCGACUGACGUGACGCAGCAAAGUACUCGGGGUCCAUAUCUUCACAAGGAGGUGCACUGCAGUAAUACUACGCUGGUGGACUGAAGAUAUGGAUGGGAGGCUGACGCUCGCUGUUCUAUGGCCUCUUGCAAUAUCAUGUACUGUUCCAGCACCAGUCCCCAUCUCAGGAGCUGCUAGUUUCAGCCUUGUAGAGGAACUGAACUCCCAGGACAACUCAGGGGCCCUGUGUGAACUUUACGAACUCCAUCAUCUGAGGAGGGUUUGACAUGCUGCUACAGACCUUCAUGAAACAAUGUGGGCCAGCGGACUCCUAUUGGAGCCAACAUGGCAUCCGAAUUUCUCUCACUUUAAAGUGGGAAACUGAGCAUCCGCAUUUGGAUUCAAAGUAAAGAAACUCUGAUUCAUCAUAUCACUCUUCCCUCAUGAUCUCUAUCUGAUCAUUUCCUACAGUAAGCUAGCCAGAUUUAUAUGAAAGUCAAACAGCUUUUAUAUAAUUAUUGUUCUAAUUAUUAUUUGUUGUUGAUGUUGUUAAUUUAUAUAUCGGUCAAAUGACGUCGUAGCAAGAGCCAGAAUCAUAAUUAUAACUACAUUACAAGUGAUUUAAAGGUAAACAAAAGUUAUUUAUGUAUUUGCUGUGUACUGUUGUGUUACUGUUUGAAGAGAAUUGCCCAAAUGUGACUCAGCUGUUGCACCAUCACAGAGACAAAGUGCUGCAUUGUGUUAUGCUCCGUGUACAAGUUGUUGUGGAUAGUAUCAAAGUGAAGGUGUUCAUCUGAGCAAAAUGUUUCAUUUGACGAUAAUUAUUUAAGAUCACUAAUAUAAUCUUUUAUCACGGUUCA